AUGAUCCCUUGCAGCAUCACCAUACCAGCACUGGAAGGUGUAGACGGCAGUCUCGAAGUAACCAGCGACGCCAAUAUCAACUGCUCCAUCUUCGAAGAUAUCAAGAUCUCGCGAUCUGCAUCCUGCAAAAGCAACGGCAAGGCCACCAAACUCGACAGUGCUUCUGGUUACUCGAAUGCUGAACCCACGGCUUCAGUGGGCAAUCCUGCUUCCAUGACUUUUGCUCCCGACAAGGACAAUUCGGGGGUCCGGCCUGGGCUGGAAUGGGGGGGAAGGAUGGGUAUUCCGCUGCUGGCGGCGGUUGUCCUUACUUUGUAA